AUGGCACCCGGAGACAGUACUCGAAUUACACGGCACGGCCAAGACGGAUAUCUACAGCUACAGGCUUUGAAUCCCCAGGACCCUUCGAUAUCAAGAGUUCGGAGAAGGCGCCCAGAGCCACAACAACAAGGUCGAGCAAUAAAAGCCAUGUCUCUCGUGGGGUUAAAGAAUCUCUUCUUCCGGCAGACCCUCGCGCCGAUUCCCUCGCGACGCUCUAAGUUCAGUGGUGUAUCUGGCGCAGCAGCGUUGGACUGGAGCGAUGUUUCUGAACAGCCACUACUUCAAUCAUCCUCUUCGUCCGUACCCCACUCUUGCCCUCGGAGAUCUCGCGAUAGUGAAGACGACGAUAGGGAGGAUCUCGAGUCCCAGCAGAGUGUAGAUUCCAAGACGGAGAAGUCGAAUUCAAAUAGAGGUUUCCGCAUCGACGCCCGGAUUAUAUCAGACGCCACGAUUGGAUUGUCAGAUGGUCUGACGGUGCCAUUUGCUCUGACGGCCGGAUUGUCCGCGUUGGGGAAUACCAAAGUCGUUGUUUAUGGCGGGUUCGCCGAGUUGGUUGCUGGUGCGAUAUCCAUGGGAUUAGGGGGCUAUUUAGGUGCGAAGAGCGAAGCUGCAUCAUACGAAGCCCAAAGAAUCGAAACGCAGGAAAUGAUAGCAACCAAUCCCCACGUCGUGGUCGCAGAUAUAGUCGAAGUCUUUUCACCCUACGCCGUCCCAAAACAUACCCUCGACGACCUCACAACCCAUCUCGCACAGUCCCCCCGCCUAGUUGAUUUUGUCAUGCAAUUCAAACACUGCGCCGAAGAACCUGCUUCUUCUCGUGCCCUUACCUCUGCCACUACUAUCGCGCUGGCUUAUUUCCUCGGUGGUCUGUUGCCGCUUAUCCCUUAUUUCUGCGUUGGGGAGAAGCAGGUGUUCGAAGCGCUGUAUAUCUCCAUUGGAGUUAUGAUCGUGGCGUUGUUUGUGUUUGGCUAUGUGAAGACUUGUGUGGUUGUGGGGUGGGAUGGAGGGAAGAAUGUCAGGGCAGGAUGCUUUGGGGGUGUACAGAUGGUGGUUGUAGGGAGUGCGGCGGCGGGCGCGGCGAUGGGGUUGGUGAGACUCUUCAGUCAUGAGGAUGGGUUCUAG